AUGCUCUCAAGAAAGAAAAGUAAAAACGAAGCGUCGAAACCAGCCGAAGUACAUGGGAAAUAUGUGAAGAAGGAGACAUCCCCGCUCCUGAGAAAUCUUAUGCCCUCUUUCGUCCGACAUGGUCCUACAAUCCCCAGACGAACCGAGGUGUCCCUGCCUGAAUCAGGACCCUCCUCUGCAUAUUCAUCGGUGGGGCCCGGUGUGGAACCUACAGUGGUUGCGGCUGCUCGAAACAAGAGCUUCCUCCGGAACCAAGUCCCCCGGUCAGCCCACGAGGUGGCCCGCCGGGAGAGCCACCGGCUGUCGGCACCGCCGUACUUACCCCGCAGCCUAAGCGAGCUGCCACACGAGUAUUCCGGCUCUUCGCAGUCCUUCCUCACCGACGUGGUUCCCCUAACAGAGAACGGAGAUGCCGGACGCUACUAUUACCCUCCUCAAGCUCCGGAGCCAUACUACGACAACCAGCGCAGAGCCCGCCGAGUCCCUGAGCAUUUCCACGAUGACUACCGAUACUAUGAACAGCAGCACAGUGAACCAGGCUUUCAGAGGCUUCCACCUCAACCACAGACGCCUCAGCCUCGCAGCCGACCUGCAGCAGGCAUAGGCCGCAUGCAAGCCAAGUCCCUGGGUAACCUGUCAAGUCCGAGCGGAGAGGACUUGCCCCUGCCUGCCGGCUGGACUGUGGACUGGACCAUCCGCGGGAGGAAGUACUACAUUGACCACAACACUAACACCACGCACUGGAGCCAUCCUCUGGAACGCGAGGGACUCCCCCCUGGCUGGGAGAAAGUGGAGUCGGCUGAGUUUGGGGUCUACUACGUGGACCACAUCAAUAAACGAGCCCAGUACAGACACCCAUGUGCUCCAAGUGUCCCCCGGUAUGACCAACCACCACCCCUACCCCCACCAGUCACCUACCAGCCCCGCCCUUCGGACAGAAACCAGCCGGUACUGGUGCCAGCCAACCCAUAUCACACUGCAGAGAUACCUGACUGGCUACAGGUGUACGCCCGGGCACCGCUCAAGUAUGACCACAUUCUGAAGUGGGAGCUGUUUCAGCUGAUGGAUCUGGACACGUACCAGGGCAUGCUGAAGCUGCUCUUCAUGAAAGAGCUGGAGCGUAUCGUCAAGUCGUACGAGGCUUACCGCCAGGCCCUGCUGACCGAGGUGGAAACGCGCAAGCAACGACAGCAGUGGUAUGCACAGCAGCCGCCCAGCAAAAACUUCCCCUCCAACAUAUGAGCCCGCCACAUCCCAACUGCACGCGUAAACCACACCUCCAUCUAAAGCGGGUUCUUUUUCUUUCGCCUGAUAACAUGUCUCCACCCGCUUACCAAAAAAACGCCACUCGUGUCUUAGCAGCCUGAUCCAAAUAUACAACAGCCAGCCAUCGGGAAUGCGACACAGCUCCUAUGGACUGUCCCACAAGAGAACAGCAGAACAGGGCUCACGUGUUCCUUGUGUUAAAGAGAGGGACAGAGAUGAAGAGAUUGGUGUGCAGCUGUUGGCUCCU